CAUGUAUCAGUCAAACAUCCCUUAUGUUUAUUAAUAGUAACCAUCUCGAGUUCUAUUAACUACUAUUUCUACUAUGCAAAGGUAUAUAUAUAUAUAUACAUAUAACUAUAUAUAAAUAAGGGUUGUGUAACUCCACUCCUGUUCUUAAAUAUUCAUCCCCAGAUCCUGCUGCGACCCAUCCCGCCACCACCCAUCUCAUCCCAUCCACUGUCUUUAUAGCGCAGUGCCCCUCCACUAACUAACUAGUCAGUCAGUCCGCUGGCCAAAAACGGGGGAGAGGACAAAAGAAAAACAAAAGAAGAAGAAAAAAAGAAAGGAGAAGCCUGAGCGUGACAACGACAGUUGCGGCUCCAGCACUCAAUAAAACUAACUAGCCCACCGCACCGCGGCUGAAAUGCCCUGCAGGAACAGCCAUUAACUAACGGACAUUUGUUUCUCCCCCUCUCCCCGUGUCGUGUGGCCUUGAAUCAUUAUUCUUGUUGCCAACAGCGGCACACCACACCAAGCACAACAAACAGGAUUUGGCCCCGUCAUCUCGAGGCCUGGCUGCUAACUAUCGCCACAGUCAGUGAUUUAGUUACUCUCCUCGUUUAGGGAAAUAUUUUGUCCGUGCGUGCCUCAGGGGAUUUGGUCCAAGGAAGACCAGAGACUGCCCUUCCCUACCGCCGUUCCACCGCGAUAUUUUCAUCCGCUCCCCGUCUCUUUGGUAUGCAUUGUCAUCCCAAACAUUGUUAUCCUCCAUUUAUUCCAUUGUUUCUGAGAUGCGUUUGUUAUUCUUCAGUCGGUUACGGAGGGAAUACUACAAUUGAUGCGCUCACUGACCAAGUUCCGCUAUUUACCCGACCAAUUCGCAGAGCUGGUCACGCAAGCAAAUCCGAUUCUGAAUGUAAUCCUGUCGCAGACCAGCAAGAGCUCUCCCUCCCGUUCUCUCUUAAUAUUCUAGCCCGUCAUUUGCCUAUAUUAUUUUUAUCCUUUUUCCCUUCACCGGUCUUUUAAUUUUUAAUCCCCCGCCAAGCUGCGAUUCCGACUCUCUUACUUCCUUGACAAACAACAUGCCCUGGCGACCUCUCCCUCGAAUUGCAUUCGCUGUCGCUAUCUAUCCCUUCAAGCCUUCGUCUCCCGCAGACCUCCCCCUAGAACUUGGCGAUGAGCUUUACAUAAUUGAACAAGGAGGGACAACUGGAUCCUGGUAUCGGGGUUAUCUUGUUGCGCCGCCUUCACUACUGGCAGGUUUAACCAGCGUGAAGGGACGCACGCUCGAGGCAAGGGUCUUUUCAGGAAUCUUUCCUAAGAACUGUGUGGAAGUGCGAGAGGUCUUGGGUGAUGCAGAUGGCUCAAAAGACGGCAGAUUGAGCACUCAGAUCAUCACAGGGAAAUAUGCAGGCUCGAGAACCAGCACCGCAUCCCCUGAUAGCCUUUCUGUCACAGAUGGCAGGACACUUUCCACUGGAGUGGGCGACCUUAAGGCGUCACGGAAAAUGUCCCAAAUUACAAUUAUAAAACUAGAAGAGGAUGUAGGUAUACGACGAUCCGCGUCUCCCUCUUUGCCAUUGACACCUAUAUCCCUAGGCCCCCGCGACCCUAACACUAUAAAACCGCCUGCACCCGUCCCAAUGUUGAAAAUCGGCGACGAGACGCCCACUUCUGCAGCAGAGCCUCUUGUGGAUGAAAUCGCAUCAUGUUUGCGGGAAUGGCAUUCCACAAAUAUACACCAACUCCUCUUGGCCCGACAAUACACAACCCUAGAGAACAUGUCGAAUAUCGUUUUGGAACUAGACCUUGCACGACGACAGUUGCUUCACAAUGUCCUGACAGCCCAAGAGCGCGCGGCCUUGCGAGAAGAGACAGUAUGGAAUCUCGUUCGAGGAAAUAAAAUGCUAAGCGGAGAAGUGGUUGUUCGUGACCCAAAUCAACGAGGGCGCUUGCUUACCGGAGACGAUUCGGCCAUGGAACUGACCAAGCUUCAAUCCGAAAUGAGCAUGCUUGACAGUGGACUUACUCCUCAACUAGAUAACGUUUCGCUCCAUCAUCUGCUUUUUGAAGUGAAUGCAGUUUCUGGGACUGAUGCUGGCUCAAUAACUCUUGCCGUCAGUCUGUGGUUGAAACAAGCGAACGGAGACAUACGUCAACUUUCAGAGACCUACUCUUUAGAUCUGCCGACCGCCGAAACCUUCGCCACCCUGGUUAACAACACCAAGCUGAAGACCCUCUUUACGGACUUAAGUGCCGCUGAUAUUGGAGAAGGAUCUAACUCUGAUUCAAAGCUGUACCUUGUUAUCAAGGCGUUGGGAUCCGAAUCACCUAGGGUUAAUGCGCCGCCAAAAUCUCGGUCAUCAAGUUCCCGAGAUGGCUCGUUAUCGAAUAGAGUCGCUUCAGGUAUCAAUAGCGCAGGGAAAGGUAGCUUGAAGACCAGACGGAGUAUGAUGUGGGGCCCUAAAUCUAGAGGGCCAGGCUCUGAAGUUGGAAAGGAGCUAUCAAGACAUCCACCACAGUCGAGCGACUCUGUUACAGCCAAGCCUAGCAAAGCUGAUACAUCUGGGAAGGAGGCUGCAGUCGCCAGAGUAGUUGGGCUUGGGGCUUUGGAUAUUGGCGCUAUACUCAAGCAAUGCAAAGAGGUCGAGCAGGUCGUCAAUAUUUGGUCUCCUCGUCGUAAAACCGAUGAAGAGGAUGACUACUCAGAGGGUUUCGAUGAGAUCGUACGGUCCCUCCUAUAUAGCGCAACAAAACAGUAUGUGAGAUCCUUUCGCGCGGGAAGGGUGCACGUACAGCUCCACCCAUUCACCAGCGAAGAUGCGGAGACGCUUGUACGGAACAACCCUACUUCCCUCCAUAACGUCACACAGACGAAACGAAUAGGAUUUCCCGGAGCGCCAACUAAACCAAGAUCCGAUAUCUACGUCACUUUAAAUCGAGCAAUCAUCUCGCAAGAUGCCUUGCUUUCGCAUCCAAUCAACUGUCAGGUUCCGGUUCCGCAGAUCACAGGUUUACGGAACCUCCAGUUGACCCUUGAAGUCCGCAACACUGCAGGAGCACGAAUUGAACAUUGUAUCUACCCUUCCUCCAACGCACUAGGCCAAACUGCCUGGCGAACCACUGUUGCUGAGAGAGGCGCAGCUUGGAACCAAACGAUUCGAUUGAACAUUCCUGCCGAUCAAGUCCCCGGUGCCCAUCUUAUUAUGAGCGUAGCCGACGCUCCCGAAUUCCCGUUUGCUCUGAGCUGGAUGCCACUGUGGGACCAACAGGCGUUCAUUCGUGACGGCCGUCACUCUCUCUUGUUGCAUGCUUACGACAAGUCUACUUCAAGCAUUGAAAAUGGGCGCGGCGCCUAUCUCUCCCUUCCUUGGAGCGCACUUGGAAAGAACGAAUCUACUAAAGACGAAGCUGUUACUGGUCCUUUAGCAACACUGUCCCUAGAAACAGAUCUUUGCAGUACAGAGUACUCACAAGAUCACGUAAUUCUGGGCCUCAUAAGCUGGCGGGAAAAGUCAGCAACAGAAGUUCUGGAGCUUUUAAAAAGGAUUGUUUUCGUUCCGGAAAUUGAAAUAGUGAAACAGCUUCGGGAUGUGUUCGAUGCGCUCUUUGGGAUCAUUGUGGAGAACGCUGGGAAUGAAGAGUAUGAAGAUCUAGUAUUCAAUGACUUGGUCACUGUCCUUGGCAUUGUGCAUGACCGUCGAUUUAAUCUUGGGCCUUUGGUCGACCAUUACGCGGAAAAUCAGUUUAAUUUCCCCUUUGCUACGCCAUGUCUGAUUCGAAGCUAUUGUCGCCUCCUUCAAGCGACGCCGGACUCACAGCAAUCUCGGAGCCUUCGUGCUGCCUUCAAGGUUGGCCGACAUCUUCUAAAAUUCAUAAUUAAUGCCCGGGAACAACAGAAAGCAAAGGAGGAAGGUAUCGGCAUCACAAAGGUUCAGUCGACCUUCAACCGAGAUUUACAUUUCAUCUUCAAGUCUGUGGAAGCUCUGAUGCAAAAUCCUGCUCCGAUACUUGUUGGCAGCAAGACUUUGGUUGUACAGCAUUUCCAUACAUGGCUACCCGAACUUUCAAGUGCACUGACAAAGGAAGAGAUCAUUAAUAUUGCAUUGAGCUUCAUGGAUUCCUGCAAGGAUGUCAAGAGCAUGCUUAUCCUUUAUAAAUUGGUGUUGAUCUUGAACUAUAUCCGCCUUCCCCUGUUCGAAAGCCCAAAAGACAGAGAGAUGCUAUUUUCUUCCUGUGUAGAUUGGCUCGCCCCAUACUGGGGACAGACGGAUGAUGCCAAUGACCAGUAUCGAGAUCAGGUUCGACUCUGUUCGUCAAUUGUAGCAGAGCAGCUCAAGUAUCCAUCCCCCGAAAUGUAUGUGUACAUGCCCAAGGCUGUAGCAUCAUACUGCGUUCUGGUUGCCGAUGGUGUCGAGGAAACAGAUUGGCUAUCGAUGCUCUUCAGCAAGUCUUUCCCUUUCCAGCUCAAGCAGUCCAAAACAAAGCAAAAAUUCGAGGAGAGUCUUGUCGAACUUGCAGCCGUCAUUGCAUCGCUCGCGACAAUACCCAACCCGACGCCAUUGUCAUUCAAGGAUGAUGAUCUAGCCUUGUUCUUGUCACAGGCUCUCGAGACCCAUAAAUCCGUCCUUAGCUGCGACGCUUACCCUCCUACUUGGCUGAGUCUGCAUAUAUAUCACCAUCGAGCGAUCAUGAAGAGUUUAGAAUAUCUGUCAACGAUGCUGAUUAGCUCUUUUCUUCCCCCACCUGAUGAUGCCGAUAAUUUUGACAUGGAGCUAUGGAAAUUAUUUUUCGAGACACUGCUGAAGCUCGUUUCAAGUGAUGCUCUCACCCUCGAGACCUUCCCCGAACAGAAGCGCCGAGCUGUAUGGAAGAUUGCUGGAGAUGUGCGUGAGCAUGGUGCUGAUUUAUUACGGAGAGCCUGGGAAGCAAUUGGUUGGGAGUCUAGUUCAGAAGAACAAGAGCGCUAUGGCCUGAAGAAGCUGGGCGGAUACCAAGUUCAAUACGUCCCUAGCCUUGUUUGUCCCAUCAUCGAACUCUGCCUCAGCGUCCAUGAAGGCCUUCGACAUGUCGCCGUGGGGAUCCUGCAGACAAUGAUCGUUUCCGAGUGGCAACUCAAUGAGGACCUUUCAUUCGUGGAGGCUGAAAUAAUCUCCAGUCUAGACUUGCUGUUCAAAACAAAGAAUGCCAAUGAGAGUGGGACUCAAAAGACGUUUAUCAACGAGUUGCUAGACUUAUUUGAAAUAGUCUCCUCAGAUCCCGAUGCGGACCUGCUUGUGGCGUUGAAGGAACUUGUUGCAACGGUUGACGAGUUACUGGAUCUUUUGGUCGCGUCUCAAAAUGGCAAUAUUACGGAGAGCCUUAAUACCUUGAAGCUUAUGGAGUUUAUGAAAGACAUGGACAAAGAAGAUAUAUUUAUUCGAUACGUGCAUGAGCUUGCUCGUGGGCAGAUUGCGGCGCGUAAUUAUACCGAAGCCGGCCUUGCGCUUCAGUUCCACGCCGAUCUUUAUGACUGGGACAUCUCCAAACCCGUCCCUGCGUUGACGAACCCUGUUUUCCCCGAACAGACAUCAUUUGAACGGAAAGAGGCAUUGUACUUUGAAAUCAUUCAACAUUUUGAGGAUGGUAAAGCUUGGGCACAUGCACUUUCCUGCUACCGGGAACUUGCACAUUAUUACGAGCACACAGUACUGGAUUUCUCGAAACUUUCAAGAACUCAGGCAUCCAUGGCCAAGAUUUACGACGCCAUCGUGAAAGGUAACGACCCACCUCAAAGAUAUUUCCGUGUUACAUUCAAAGGUCUUGGAUUCCCCGCUACUCUAAGGGAUAAGCAGUAUAUUUUCGAAGGAUACCCUACAGAUCGGAUGGCGACGUUUACAGACCGCAUGCAAAAACAAUACCCAGCCGCCCAGAUCGUGUCUUCAGAUGUUAUAGACGAUCUCGAAGGGCAGUUCUUGCAGAUUUCAGCUGUCAGUGUGCAAAAAGAUAUGAAUCACGCUGUCUACCAGCGAUCUAAGGUACCGUACUCAGUCCGAGAACAUCUGUUGACUUCAGUGCCUUCCCAAUUUUCGAUUACCUCAAAACGACAUACUAGCGGAGAUGACGUGAAAGAACAGUGGGUCGUCAAAACUGUUUUCACAACUACAGAGCCUUUCCCGAAUAUUCUUCGGAGAAGUGAAAUUAUCUCGUCGGAGGAAAUAGUCCUUACACCUCUUCAAACGGCAAUUGAGCGCACCUGGCGCAAAACCCAAGAGCUCUUGUUGCUGGAAAGACGAGCCUCGUCUGGAGAGGACUUCAAUUUAACAGGGUUAACGGAAGUGCUAAGCCGUCUUCUUGAUCUUCAGUCAACUUCCUCGGGCUGUGUUGCCCUUUAUCGACAAUUUUUGGUAGAUGAGAGCAAGAUGGAUAUGAAUUCAGUAGAUUGCGAGACUGAGGAGCAGGCUCCACGCCCCGUCAAUCCUCUGAACAAUGCAAUGGCUGUUGCUCUCAUCGAUCACGCCCUUGCAAUUAAGCGCUGCUUGGCAUUGUACAACCGUCCUGCUUAUCAAGCUACCCAGUUGGAACUUAGUCGCCAUUUCGAAAUCGCAUUUGCUCCAGAGGUUGCCUCCCUUAGCCCUGUCUUUAAUACUCCUGCAGGCGAAGAACCACCUAGCCUUCUCAACGGUCGUUCUGACCCAUUAAUUGCCUCUCGACCUCAGCCCAUAGCCCAAACCCGUCCCAUUAGUCCAGAACAGGAACUCAUCCGCGCCACGCGUCAGCUUGAAAAUCCUUCGAAGACGAAUAAAUCCCAUGAGAAAACCAUCAGCACGCAUCGGAUCAGCCUCAAUCCUUUUAAACGCUCCAACCAUUCUGUCACCAACUCUAACUCCACCAUCAAUGCGUCUACCAUCAACGAUGUACGACAACAAUCCGAAUCCAAGCUGAACGGCACCUAUACAUCGCGUCCAUCCACCGCAAGAACAGAUGCCACGGAUGCCGUAUCCGUCACUCCCAGCCGUGCCGCUAGUCGUCGGUCGCGCAAUAAAAACCGCGACUCUGGGUCAAAGCGACGUAGUUGGUUUGGUGGUGGUGGCGGUGGAAUCGAUACACAAAAGAAUAGUUCAUCCAUCUCUGCGCCCGCCACUUCUACCGAGGACAUCCGUACGACACAACAACGGAUAACGGAACGUGCGCGAUCAUCUCGAUCACAAGAUGGGCGGAGUGGAAAUAUCGCCUCCCAUCCCCCUAAUGCGGAAAAUAGCGGCAAUGGUGGUGUGACUAACGGUAUUAGCAGUGCUGCUGCAAAAGUGAGCCAGCUUACUCGAACGGUAUCAGGCGCACGCCGUGGAACCAAGGGCAGUAGCAAUAACAGUACCAAUCCUACAAGUGCGAGUGCGGAUUCCAAUAACAAUGGCCGCCCCGUGACUUCGGAACGGCUUGUUACAAAAGCAAUAAUGCCCACCCAGACAACCACAGUGACGACCGGCGAGAAUGACAAUAACAAGAAUGCCGUCUCUAAUUCUCACAGAGCGACUGUUAGCACGUCAGUCACGACAGGUCCCACUGCCGCGGCACCCGCACCUGAUGGCAACGCCAGUGGAGUUCGAGAUUCAAUGAUGAAACGGUUUAGCAUGUUGAAGGUGGGGAAGAAGACCACCCGACAUAAUGUGCGCGAUGGAGGUGGGGUCGGGGGAAUGUUGCGAGAGGAGUGAAUGGAAUGAGAAGUCUCUUUUCUUCUAUUAUUUUUUUAUUGGGUACAUACGUAUGACCAUUCAUGGGAUGAUUUUCUUGUUUGGUUUUUUUGUUCAGGGUUACUUACUUUCUUUGUUUACCUCUUUUUUCCCUUCUUUUUUCCUUUUCUCUUACAUAUAUACUUAUAUUCCCCCUUUCUUUUUCAUUUUUAUGUUUUCAUAUAUUUAUUUUUAUACCUAUAUUGUUGGAUCCCCUAAGGCAUCCACAAAGGGUCCGACCGCAGCAGCUGCCUCCCACAUGGUCUAGAGGUGUUCACUGAAUGCAAUACACCUUAAUAUUAACCAACUACUUGUUAUAUUGCCAACAGAUUAUAACUCUUUACAUGAAAAGUCUUUCACACUGAUUAAUCAAUUUUAGAACUUCUUCUUAAUCAUUAUCAAAAAUCAUUACUUUUCAAAAAGUGUCUAAAAAUAGUAAUUUUAUGCUAAUAAAUGUAUGUAGCUAAA